CGGAGCGAAAGAGAUGGACAAGUGUGUGUAAGCUGAGUGUGUGAAUGCGAAGCACCGGCGAUCCUGAGCCUGAAGGGGUAGCCGUGUGAUGAGAGAGGAGAAAGGGGCGUGGGGGGGUGGGGGCUGUUCUGCCUGCGAACACAUUUGCCAGGACAGCGUUACAUGCAGGCGAGCGUAUGUAUGUGUGUGUGAGGGGGGAAAAGUGAGUGAGGGUAUGCCAGCGUAGGUGUAGCGGUGUUGUCGAUCAGCAUCGGGCUCUUCGCAUUAUGCAGCCGACGGUACUGAUCACACUUUGAGGACUGACUCAUCCAGACCAGGCUGAGAAGACGAAUGGGUGUACAGACAGGGAGACAUUUUUUAGCUCAAAAAAUGCUCCAGGUCCUCCAAGAUUGUUCAAAGGUCUAGUCCUUUUCAGGGAUUGCUGGUAGCCCCCAUUGUUUCCUUACAAAUUGGAAUUGCAGACACACAGACAGACAUCCAAAAUUUCCAAAACCUCCUGAAAGGAACAUAAAUCCUCAAUCAUUGUCUGACUCAGACACUUCAUAUUUGCUCCAGGGACUAGGACAAGAAGAUCUCCUGUCUUUCCAUAGUCUUGAGGACGGUUGCAGGAUCCUUUCUCAGUGCCGAGAGUGGGAGAUAAGAAGGCUGGCAGACAAGACGGGACAGACACAGGCAUGGCUCGCCUCAACUGGUGCCUGGCUGCUGUCAUUAGCUGGGGCAAGUUCCUUUUUGCCUGUUUCUUUCCUCUGAGAGGAGCCAAGCGAAACAAGCCCGACGAGCUGGAGGGCGUCCACACGCACACCUUCAAGCUGAAGCCCUUCAAGAAGGCAAAGAGUUGUGAUAUAUGCAAGCAGGCCAUCACUAAGGAGGGUCUCAUCUGUAAAGCGUGCCGCCUGUCCUGCCAUAAAAAAUGUGAAGUGAAGGUCACUACAUCAUGUCAGACUGCGACCAGCUGUGAGCCGCCUCCGACUCCACAGCUGCCGCUAAAGCAUGUAGAUACACCGGGAUCGACGAGGUCCUGCAAAAGUGUGGAGAUUCGGAGAAAGCAGUCAGGCGUGCUUCAGGCCAUGGAGGAGAGCUAUGAGGUGGACCUGGUCUACAUCACCGAGAGGAUCAUCUCCCUCUCCUUCCCCGCCGCCGCCGACGAGCGCAGCUACACCAACAACCUCAAAGAGGUGGCCUCCAUGCUGCGGUCCAAGCACGGCGCGCACUACCUGGUGCUCAACCUGAGCGAGCAGCGGAACGACUUAACCAACUUAAACCACAAGGUUCUGGAGUUCGGCUGGCCGGAUCAUCACGCUCCGGCGCUGGACAAGAUCUGCAGCCUGUGCAAAGCCAUGGACACGUGGCUGAGCGGAGACCAGCGCAACGUGGUGCUGCUGCACAACAAGGGGAAUCGAGGUCGAACAGGCGUAGUGGUGGCUGCAUAUAUGCAUUACAGCAACAUAUCUGCAAGCGCUGACCAGGCGCUCGACAGGUUUGCCAUGAAGCGAUUCUACGAGGACAAAGCUCUUUCUGUCGGUCAGCCGUCACAGAGAAGGUAUGUGCAGUACUUCAAUGGGCUCCUGUCUGGACACAUCAAGAUCAACAACAAGCCACUCUUCCUGCAUCACGUCAUCAUGCAUGGCAUCCCCAACUUUGAAUCCAAAGGCGGAUGCCGGCCGUUCCUGAAGAUCUACCAGGCAAUGCAGCCAGUCUACACAUCCGGAAUCUACAAUGUGCAGGGAGACAGCAACACCAGUAUCUGCAUCACCAUAGAACCUGGGCUGCUUCUGAAAGGAGACAUCCUGCUGAAGUGUUACCAUAAGAGGUACAGGAACCCGACCAGAGACGUGGUGUUCAGGGUCCAGUUCCACACUUGUGCCAUCCACGACCUUGGGGUCGUUUUUGGGAAGUCGGAGCUUGAUGAGACCUUCAAAGAUGAAAGGUUUCCAGAGUACGGGAAGGUGGAGUUUGUUUUCUCCUACGGACCAGAAAAAAUCCGAGGUCUGGACCACUUGGAGAACGGGCCAAGUGUGUCUGUGGACUACAACACCCAGGACCCCCUGAUCCGCUGGGACUCGUACGAGAGCUUCAGCCAUCCCAGUGAGGACGCAGUGGACACUGAGAACGAUGUUGGUCAUACUCAAGGUCCACUUGAUGGAAGUCUUUAUGCCCGGGUCCGAAAGAAAGACUCCCUGGAGGGAGUUGUUACCAUUAAUGGCCUUCCAGUCCGAGAAAACCCCUUGACGAAUACAGAGGGCUCAUUGCAGCAAUCUAACCAUCACCUCCAAAAGACUGAGCAGUCCCUUCCAGUGGCAGGCCACACCUCCCUUCCUGCUGUAGAUCAUACCCUUUCUGUGAGCAGUGACUCAGGCAACUCUACCGCAUCAAUUAAGACUGAUCGCACUGAUGAGCACAGCCAUUCCCUGCACACAGCUGCAGGUCACAGCAACUCAACAACAGCCCACCCAACACUUAGCCCCCAGGAGAAACGAGAACUAGACCAGCUUCUUAGUGGCCUUGAGCCACAAACUCAGCGCCAGGUUUACUUGUCUACAUCUACCAGUCCAGGGGGAGGGGUUCGACACCUGGUUCCUGCGCAAGUGCAUGUUAACGGGGGCCAUACCAGGAUUCUUAGGGCACCCUCAACAGAGGAGCGUGAAACUGAUAUCCUUGACGACGAGCUUCCUAAUAGUCAAGAGGGUAACAGCGUUGAUAGCUUGGGUACACUCUCAUCUUUAGAGGGUCAGGCAACACCAGCGAGCCUCUACUACCAAUCACAGACACCUGUUGGUGGCCAGAACGACGGGCCAUACCUUGAGAGAAACGUUCUUGGGGAAAAGUUGAACGAAAUGCCAGUACACGGAGUACGAACUCCUACAGCAAUGCAGGAGAGAUCUGUAGAAUCACCAUCACUGCAGGUGGGGUACAACAACUACCAAAAUGGAGGAGGAAUGUACCGUUCACAGUCCUUUGGGAAUCAGCCACCCAGUAGCCCUGAGACCAACCCUAAAAUGAUGCCCAAGGCCCCUGAGAGGAGUACCAGUAGUCGAGAGGCAGUUCAAAGAGGUCUUAAUCAUUGGCACCAGCAUAGUCUUCCAGAUGAUCCUUUUGGGCCUCCUCCUCAGUCAACCCACAGCCUCCCUCAUUUCCCAACCUCUGCAUCACAGCGAGACAUUGAACAAUCCAUAGAGGCACUAAACAUGCUAAUGCUUGAUCUAGAUCCAAUCAACUCACACAUGUCUAAGUCCCACAGUGCACCACCUGGAGAUAACACCCUCAAUUCAUCCCAGAUACCAUUCUCCCAGACCCUGGCUAGGCCAUCCUACCAAGGGGAUUCUGCCAUCCAUGGCUACAACAACUUGGGGUCAAUGAACAGCACCUCUCAUCAGUGGCAACCUGGGAGGGUCCCAGCAGUGCCAAACCAGAGUCCCGUCACGGAGUCUCCAACAUAUUCACCCCAAAGGUCCAACACUGGUUAUCCAUACCAGAACACCACACCAACACACACUCCUGAGCCCUACCUCCACACACGCCAAGUAACCCAUCACUGUCCCAUUGAUACUUCUGCUAAUCUCAACCAGCAGUCUCCCCAGAAACUAAUAAACUCAACAAGCAGAGUUUCACACUCCCCAGACCUACAGGGGCCAUCUCCUUACCCAGGAUACAGCACCUCUUCUUCUCCUCUUCCUACCCUCACACCCCAACUCAAGGAAAUGUCUUCUUCUCCCUUGCCAAGAGAGCAAGAUGCAGAGGAGGAGACUCUGAACUUGGAAGGCCUGGUUGCUCACCGCAUUGCUGAGUACAACGCUCGUAUUCGGGGCAUCAGUGAAAGCAUGACAUCCCAACAAUCUGACCGCCAUCGUUCCUAUUCCUUCUCUGGAGUUCGUUCCAGAGGAAUGACCCCAGAGGCAACGCAGGAGACAGGCAGGCGCCGGACCACGAGCGAGGGACACUACCAGAGCGGUCAUGAUAAUGUCUCGGCGUCUCAUUCGCCGGACUUCACCAACAAUCUGGCUCUGAAUCCGGGCGGAAGACCCAGAGAGGGUCUGAUGCACAGUUACCGGGAAGCAUUUGAGGAUGAUGAGACUGGUCGCCAUGGCAAUAGUUCCUCUUUCGAAAGCAGCGCUCGAUCUACUCCAGGUUUGACAAAGACGCCUCUGUCUGCUCUGGGACUAAAACCUCAUCAACAAGGCGGAUCAGAUAAUCGCAGCGCUGGGGACUCGAGACCACAACCAUUCACAGCUCCUCUGUCCUUCGGCAGUCCUGUCCACACCACCGACAGAAGGAGGACUGGUUCUUCUGACAGCGCCCCCCACAGUCCCGCCUCCCCAUACACCAACAGACCCUCGUCCCCUGAGGGCUCCCAGGUCAACAUCAUGGGCGUCCACACGGUCCCCGGCAGCCCGAACACCCUGCACCGCACAGUGGCCACCAACACGCCUCCCAGCCCUGCCCUUCAAAGACGCCUAGGUCAAGCCAGCCCCUCCCUGACCAGACAUCAGCCCCCAUCCAGCCCUCUGAUAGGUCGAAACCCUAAAACUGCAACCGCCGCCGUCCCCCCGAGCCCACUGAUGGGGCGGCGCGCGGCGUCGAGCGGCCGCAGCACACCCGAUGAGCUGGGGGCCGCCUCUCGUCAGGGAAGCGCCCAGCCGCCUCCCACCCCCGCCUUCCCCGUCUCCCCACAGCUUCCAGAGAAGAGACACAUGUCCAGCGGCGACGCAGAGAGGACAGAAAACAGGAACCUGACACCAGCCAGCGGUGGCAGCACGCCAAACCUUUCCGGCACACAUACCCUCCCAGACGUCUCCAAGUCCAUCUAUGAUGGUUAUCCAGACAUUAAGAUGAAUGUUAAGUUUGUCCAGGACACUUCUAGGUUCUGGUACAAGCCAGAUAUCUCCAGAGAACAAGCCAUUAGUCUGUUAAAGGACAGGGAGCCCGGGGCAUUCAUCAUUCGGGACAGCCACUCUUUCCGUGGAGCCUACGGUCUGGCCAUGAAGGUGGCCUGCCCCCCACCAACUGUCCAGCAAAACAAAAAAGUUGCCGACAUGACCAAUGAGCUGGUGAGGCACUUCCUGAUUGAGACCAGCCCCAAAGGCGUUCGCCUGAAAGGUUGCCCCAAUGAACCCUAUUUUGGAUGUCUCUCUGCUCUGGUGUACCAACAUGCGAUGACUCCUCUGGCUCUACCCUGCAAGCUGAUGAUCCCCACCAAAGAUCCAAAUGAAGAGGCGCUGGAACUUGCUACACCUACUGAUCCAGUUGUUGAGCUUCUCAAACAGGGAGCUGUUCAGAAGGUUCCUGAGGAAGCCUAUGCAUGUAAUGUUCUCUUCAUCAACUCCGUGGACAUGGAGUCACUCACGGGGCCGCAGGCCAUCGCCAAGGCCAUUAGUCAGACACUGACAACCAACCCACUCCCAGCGGCCACCACUGUCCACUUCAAGGUGUCCAUGCAGGGCAUCACCCUCACCGACAGCCAGAGAAAGAUUUUCUUCCGGCGACAUUAUCCUCUUAACACAGUCACAUACUGUGAUUUGGACCCCCAAGACAGAAAAUGGGUAAAAGAAGGAGGUGGAUCAGUAAAGCUUUUUGGGUUCGUCGCAAGGAAACAAGGAAGCACAACGGACAAUGUCAGCCACCUGUUUGCUGAGCUGGACCCAGAUCAGCCCGCCUCGGCCAUCGUCGGCUUCGUCUCCAAGACGAUGAAGCGGUGAAACCCUGCGACUUCGAAAGGCAGUGGCCGGGUUGCAAUCUUCCAUCACCGUUGGCGUCUUUUGCAAAAGGACUCAACGUUGUCCUUUUUUCGUUCGUCGGUUUAUUUCCUUGUUCUCGCCUUCUCUGUUUUUUUUCCUCUCUGCCUUGCUGGCGUGUCUUUCUCGAGAGCCGUCUCCACCCGGAGGCGUCGGCACAGAGCGGAGCUAGCGGACGUGUGGAGUGGAGCCGAGCACGUGACGGGAGCGCGACAUUGUAAUGUUGAGUGACGGGAACAUGUAAGAACUUGUGGAUUUCUUUUUUUUUUUUCCCCUGUUCGUUUUAUUGAUUUACCAAAGGUAGUUGCAAUACAAGCGCAAGAAUGACGUAGCUAGUAAGCCAUUAAUAUUUUCUCUUUUUAAAAGAUGAAGUGAAACAAAAGAAAAAUAAGACGCGAUGAAAGAAAUGUGGUUUCUCUUGAACUUUGAUUCUUCAGAAAAAAAAAAGGUGGGGGGUGAAAAAAAAACUGUCUGAAGACGUUAUGCAUGUUAGCUUGAUCUUUAAGCUCGGUUCUUCUACUUUCCAGAAAAGUAAAUGUGAAUUACGUUGAGGUCAUUUUAUGGGUCUGCUGUGUGUUGGAAAGGGCUUCGCAGUGAAAUAACUGAUCUAAACUGUGCAUAGCAGACCUCAUCUACUAGAAAAAGGAAAAAAAAAACAACCUUUAGGGUCAUCUUGUGUCGGUGCAAACCACGCUCGCAUUCUUUCAGCAUCCAAUCCUUCAAAAAAAAAAAAAAAGGAACAGCAGCCUGACAUCAUCAAGGACAGUCUGUCCACAAGAUGGCGCCGCUUGUCCUUCCUUGGACUUCUUCCAUCAGCACCUGCUUCGCAGUAACUGAUCUGUUUGUAAGACGCUGCCACAGAAACACACUGGAAACCACCGGGAACCGGCCCAAUGACCUGGACCUAUGCACUGUUCUUUAUGCAUGUUAUUGUCCCAAAACGCACCUCCAUCACUGAGAACAUUCUUUGCCAUGUGUGUACAAUUUCAAAAAAGAAAAAACAAAGCAAAAAAAAAAAAAGGAUAAAGAAAUAUCUACCUUUAUACAAGAGUUAAACUUGUCAAAAACUGCAUGAAAUAGACAUUUUUUAGUCUUUUCAGAGUUCUGAAAAUUUGACAGAUACUGAAGUAGCUAUUAUGAUGGCAAGUUUAUAUAUUUAUUUUUUAUUUCUUUUUUUUUUUCUUUUUUGUCCUGUUCUGUCCCAUUUGUGUCAAAACUCCAGUUAUUUAUUUCCUGUUGUUAAUGCUCCAUUUAAGCCCCAAGUUCUGAUUUUUAUUUUCUUUCCUCCCACGUUUAACUAUUCAGGACGUUUUGAAGCAAAGGGAAAGAAACAUUUUUAAAAAAAUUUCUACAUUUGUGUCUGCCGAGAACAGAACUCGCCUGAACUAUAUGGACCCGGUACGGCUUUGGGUUUCUCUUUUUAAUCCACGCUGCAAAAUUUGACAUUUUAGUACCUUAUAGAACGAAACAAAACAAACAAAAAAAAUACAUAAAAUGAUUCAUUUUCUUUUCUUUCUUUGUCUUUCUGGUUAUCAGGGAAUUCGACUUUUGCUCCUUUCAUGAAUAUUAAUUCCACGUUUCACAUUCGAAGCAAAAAGGAUGUUGACAAAAAAUAAAUAAAUAUUGGAUGAAAAUGAAAACACAGCCUGCAUGCGAAACACACGCUUAGACUUUCACAGUACAGUAUUCAUACAGUAACAUUUUAAGAUUUUUUAUUUUUUUUCCAGAUCAGUCCAUGCAGAUUCUGUUGCCUUUUAGGAAAAGAAGUAAAAACGCACAAUGUGCUUAGUUCACAAGUUUUCUGAAUGCGAUAAAAUGACAUGCAAAUUGCUCCCCCCGUCACCCCCUCUUUAUAUUAAUAAUUGAAAAAUAUUUACUAAUAAGAACCAGAGAGAGUUAGGGUUUAGUUUUCCAUUAUGUUGUUAUAUUGCCACGUAGGAAAAAAAAGUGAAGAAAAGCAUGUAUUUCACAUGCUUAUUGAGAACCAUUGACAAAAAAAAAAAAAAGUAUGGAAACACUGUUUGUUUCACAGUGUUUCUAAAAAAAAAAAGUUUUUUUGGGACAUUUUAGGAAAUAAGAAAAAAACUGAGUGUUGAACUCAUUUCAAUUUUUCAGAAACUCAAAAGUUAUGAUGUUUUUUGUUGGCGGUUCAUUUUAGCCUGCUUGUCACAUCAACUCAGUUGUCAUUGAUUUGAGCCAGACUUACUUUUGGGACCGUAUAGUUCAAAGUGAGUUUUUUUUUUUUUUUUACUUUUAAAUGUCAGAUUUCACGUUUCGCUACCUUCUGGACAAAAAACGACACACUGUGCGCAAUACCUGCUUGCUGACCACGUGCAUUCACAAUAAGCUAAUGGGAAAAAAAGUUGAUACUGGUAUAAAUGUACAUAGAUAUACGUCUUUGAAAGGUGACAUAGCGAAAAAGUAUUUAUUUUUUAUUGCUUUGUUCCCUCAUGAUUACUAAUAUAUACCUAUAUUGUACAGUCUCGAUAAAGACAAAAUGGGUUGAGAAAACAACAAAAAAACUUAUUUUGGCUAAUAAUUUCAAAAUCUGAGGAUUUUGAGAUGUGUUUGAAAAUAUGGUGUACAUUACUUUGUACAUGUGCGUUUCUUUUUCGGUUCAUUGUAUCCGUUUAAUUUUUGUGUGUGUUUUUUUUCCGUCCGUUUUGCUUUCUCUCAGAAAAGAGGCGGGGCAUGAAUGAGCUCAAGUUGCAUGGACAGAAACCGACGAGUGUGCAGAUGCAUUGUAGAGUUUAGAUAUUUUUUGGAGUUUUCUUUUUUUUUCCAACGACAAGAAAAAAAAGAGGAAGUUCAGAAGCCAAAGCUUAACACAAUAUGCACUCAUGCUGGUUACAUUUAUCAUUUUGCCAAAGAUUCUGUCACGUUGCGUCUUUUCGCGCCGCUUUUCCUCUUUUUUUUUUUUUUUUUUACACCAGAUCGCUUUUCUGUUUCCAAUUUCUUCAAUUGAAUUUGUUUCUCAACAUGAGAGGACACACACAAGCGUUACGGGAUGCACAGUUUACUCACUCUGCUACAAGUUUUCAUUUUUUAUUUUUUUCCCAUUUGUUCGUACGGAGGUCUCAGUGUCUUGCCUCCGUCGCCUGUUGAGGAAAAAACAAGCCUGCUGUGCAUCGGAGGAGUACAAACAAAGCACUUCCGUCCACAAGAGGGAGGCGCGACAUAAAUUCGCGAUGGGUGUCGGUGCUGGAAGUAAAUGCAGUCCGACGUGUCUCACGGCGACGCUAAAAGCUUCGUACCGACUGCCAAAGGUCUCUUUUGAGAGUCAGCAGAUUAUUUAUUCUUAUUUAUUCUUUUGGUUCACGUUUGUGUCACUUUCUUUUUUGAAGCGUUAGCGAUUUUUUCUUUUUUUUUCUUUUCCGGAAUGUAAAAUGGCGCUUUAUUGACAGCGAGGAGGGCAAACGGGGCUUGAUUUGAGAACUAACAAGCUUCUUCCCAUCUGUAGCCAUUUGGAAAGAAGAAGAAGAAAAAAAAACAUGCCAUAAUUAAAUGUUGCCUAAAUAAAUAUUUAUAUUGGAUUGCGUUGUACCUGUUGGCUUUGAGUCAAGAGUUACCAAAUGUAGCCUAAUUAAAAAAAAAAAAAAACGAAAAAAAAAACGGAUUGUUUGACCUCUUGUACAGAUGGCAUUUGUCUGUUGUAUGAAUGUGUUGGAUGUACAAAAGAGUCUCAGAUUUUGUUGCUCUUAUCAUUUACAUUAUGCUGUCAUGGCUUACCUGUUCCUAAGGAGAAAAAAAAGACAUUAAAGCAAUACAGAUCAGUUA